CUCAACACUAAUUGUCCAGUACAAAUCAGCUGUAUGUGACAUAAAAAUAUUGUGUUCACAUUUUAUAAGUGUUCCACAUAAAUUAAUAUUGCAUUUAAUUAAAAAAUGCGUCUCUCUCCUACUGUACUGGGUUUUCAAAAUAAAGGUCGAACGCCGCAAAAUGAAAAGGCUGUGCCGUUUCAGGAAAUCCUGCCACUUCGUUUAAAAAACAGAGUGAGUGGAAAAGCAGAUUCAGGAAGUGAUGUCGCUUGUCUACAAGAAAUGAGUGUACUGUUUGCUUGUCUAAAAGAUAAUGAGUUUGUCGAGCAAUAUUGCAACAAAGAAAUUACCCAGUUUAAAAGGUGCUAUAAAUAUUUUAUGGACUCAAAGUUUCAGGCCAAACAGACUGUAAACCAAGGUAUUGUAACACCUGGCAAAGAUCUCAAUUAUAGGCAGUUGAAUAAGUAUAUGAGAGGAUUCCCAAAUCCAAAAUAAUUAAAAUUGUUUGUUAAACAAAUAUAUACUAUUACAUAAU